UCAUGCUGCUGCCAGGUCCAGAGUGUGUCAUGGGUCCCUGUACGGCCUCCCAUUGCUGCUGUCUCCAUCGUCACACUCUGCCAUGUGCCACUUUCAGGUCUCCUCACACUGCUGGUGGGUUCCAUUUUGUCAUAGGGUGCUGGCAGAUUACGGGCCUCCCAUUGCUGCUGCCAGGCCCGUAAUCUGCCAUGGGCCCCCGUACCGACUCCUCAUGCUGCUGCCAGGCCCAGUGUGUCAUGGGUCCCUGUACGGCCUCCCAUUGCUGCUGUCUCCAUCACCACACUCUGCCAUGUGCCACUUUCAGGUCUCCUCACACUGCUGGUGGGUUCCAUUUUUU